AUGUCGUCAAAUUACCAUAAAGAACUACACGAUAAAUUAUAUAAAAACUCGUUUAAGGUACCUGUUGCUGAUGAAGAGGUGCCUAGAGUUGAGGAGCAGGUGGUUGUGGUUGAGGAGGGGGUUGUUGAGGAGCGGGUGGUGCAUGAUACGGACACCACCACAGGUGCAUCUACAGAGCCAUCAGUACACACUGAUGGAGCUUUUCCAGGAGGACCUUCUGAAAGGUAUAUUUUGACAGGAUAUGCUGACCAUGUCGCUUAUAGGAUAUGGCAAGGAGAGGAGCGUCCAGUGCUAAAGGUCACUUCUUACGGGUCGAAGUUGAAGAACUUGCCCGAGAGACCGAUGCCUGAGCAGGUGGCGAGGAUAGUUCGGGACUUCUAUUUGAUGGACUUUGCUGGAUGCUUCCUGACGAUGUUGGACGCCCCUCUAUUACCAGAUUUUGUUGAGAGAUGGCACCCGAAGAUCUCAUCCUUCUAUCUUCCAUUCUGGAAGAUGACGGUGACUCUUGAUGAUGUGCAUUCCCUAUUUCACCUUUUGAUUGCUGGUACAUUUUUAACGCUGUGUUGGAUCUAUGAGCACUUCCCACACAUUUGUGAGCGAAAUAUCCAGCGUUGUGCGGCUGCUAACCCUUGUGCGAGGAGCUGGAAGGCCAGACAGACCCAUCCAGGAGGGAUGAUUGAGUACAGGCGGAGGCUGGAUGCUCUGAUGUUGGAUGAUGUCAUCUGGACACUGUAUACAGGUCACCGCGAUCAUCUUCCUUUUGAUUUAUCUUCUUUAUAUUCAGGAGCUUCUUCACCACCACCACCUCCACCUCUCACUGGUGACCAGGACAGCCGCUUGCAGCACAUCGCAGUUCACUUGGAUUGCCUCAUGGGUUUGGUGAACCCUGAUGGUGAGGUUCAUAGUAUUUUAGCUAGGUUGGCGGAUGUUCCCCGUGGAGGACCUAUGUAG